GAAGUGACGGAUCCGGGAUGGCGCCGCAACAUCCGGCCUCGCGGGCCCCAGCCUGAGGAACCGGCGGCGCGCGCGGGGAUCCCGCUGGGGAAACGGAGUUGCAGAGAGGUGUCACCUGGGGUCGAACAUCCCCAUCAGAGCCGGGAACAGAACACACAUCCGUCAUUUCGAGCGCCACGCCCUGUCCAUGGGUGAACACUCGGAGGCUGGAACCAGUGAAUGAGAUUCAGCUUUUGUCCUUGGCCUGUGUUGGUUUUCACUUAGCUGCCGGGGUGCUUCAGUAGGAACAUGCGGCCAGGACCCGAACGCUCCUAGCAGGGAUUGUCACCUGUCUUUUGUGCCAGAAAUGUGUGGCCAGAUUGUCCCUGCCGAUUAGCCCAGCCGAUACGGGCUACAAUGGAAGAGCCCAGGGCAGCUGCUGGGGCCUCCUGGGGAGAGCGCCUCCCAGUAGAAAUCCUGGUGCAGAUCUUCCAGUCUUUGGUGGCGUCUGAGGGGGCCGUGCCCUUGCUCUGCAGGGUGGCCCGUGUGUGCCGGCUGUGGUACGGGGCAGCCUCCAAUCCCGUGCUGUGGCAGAAGGUGUCAAUCGGCUUCUGCUGGGUGGAGCCUGGCGAAAAGCAGCCUCCCCAGACCGAGAAGAGAAUCCUCGGCACGAUGGAGUGGCUGGUCCCGAACAGGUUUUCACUUCUCCGGGACUUUGCUCUUUGUCACUGGAAGAGCCACGUGUCCGUUGUCCUGCAGGCCCUUGCGGAGUCCUGCCCCCUUCUCCUAUCCCUCAAGCUGACCCACUGCAAUGGAGUGACCACCAAGUCCCUGAGCACACUGGCCGAACGCUGCCCCCGGCUGGAAAGCUUAAACCUGCAGAAUUCCCAGGUUGACUCCUCAGCUGUGGUGAGCUUUCUGGAGGCCGCUGGCUCUCGGAUCCGGCAGCUCUGGCUGACGUACAGCAGCCAAACGAAUGCCAUCAUCGCCACGCUCUCGAGCGGUUGCUGCCUUGGGCUGCAGCUCCUGGAGGUGACCACGGAGAUCAAGCAGAGCAGCCAGCACCUCCAGCUCUCAGUAGAGCCCCUGCAGGCAGCCUGCCAGCAGCUGCAGGUGCUGCGUCUGCUCAAUGUGGUCUGGUCCCCGAAGCCAAGCCCUCGGUUCGUCCCCACCUCCUUGGGCUUCCCACAACUAGAGGAGCUGUGCCUGGCCUCCACCUCUUAUUCCUUUAUCAGUGACGGCGUCCUGCAGAAGAUCCUGCAGGCCUCCACCAGGCUGCGGGUACUGGAUCUGCGUGGCUGCUUCCGCGUGACACCCAAGGGGCUGCAGGAGCUGCCGUGCCCUGAUCUAGAGCAGCUGUACCUGGGCCUGUACUGCAGCAAUAACCACCUGCUCCUGCCCUCGGUGGGCAGCCAUCUGCUCACCUGGAAGUGGCACCACAGCCUGCAGGAGCUCGAUCUGGCAGGGCAGCGCUUCAGCGAGCACGACCUGGAGUGCGCCAUGGCCGCCUUCGGGCAGGGCAGCAGCCGGGCAGCCCUGCGAUCCCUCAACCUGACUGGGACCAACGUCACCGUGAGCACUGUCAGUGCCCUGAUCAUCAGCUGUCCUGCCCUGAGCUACCUCAACCUGUCGUCCUGCCGCUACCUGCCCCAGGGCAUGAAGAAGGUGUAUCGGGGCCAGGACGACAUCCACCAGUGCUUGAGCAAGCUGCUGGCCAGCGCCGACGAGCCGGCCGCUGCACAGGAUACGUCGUAAUGACACCAGCACCUCCCCUCUCCAGAGACAGGCCUGAGGCCCAGGCCUGUGCCAGGAGCAACCCCACGCACAGGCUGAGUGCCAGGGGCUGGUGUUUCGCUGGGACGUUCCUGGCAGCGUGGGUGGCACCUGGGCACCCACCUGGUGCUGUAGCAGCAGGCAGCCUGUUCCCCCGGGAGGAGCAGCCGUGCCUGGUCCCCCGCUCCCCAUUUUGAUAGCGCCCCCUUUUUGUAUGACGUUCCUCUUGGAUUUGUCAGUGUUUUACUGUCCGGCGCAGCGCCCGGUGCUCCAAAAUAAAGGGCUGUUCCUGCAGGG